AUGCGUCAGGUGCGGGUGCUUGCAGCCGCCGUGUUUCGCGGAGUCCGAGCCGUAGGCGGCGGUGAGCGCUGCGGUCAGGUCACCGGGUGCCGGCGGUCUGGGUUCGAGGCUGAGCAGCGAUGGGAGAUGCUUGUUGCCGAACCAUUUGGUCAGCACUUUGCACAGCUGCUUGCCCGUCUUGAUGCUGCCGGAGAAACCCCGGAAGCCGAGCGGCGUGAGGCAGGGCAUUCCACUUGGUGCACUGGGACAGGUGUUACACCGAGGCUCACAUCCGAUGGCGCUGACCUGAUGAGGCAGGUGGCCGGGCAGGCAGUCGUUGAGGCAUUCCUCGCCGUCCUGCGGGUAAUACAGUCUCAUGGAGUUGCUAUGGAAGUCGCAGGCGUAUGUUGUCAGAGCACUGCCGUAGCCGAGCACUCUGAGCUUAUCGUAGACACAGUUGUGCGGGAGGCCCGUCAGCCAUACGAGCAUCUCGUAGACGUUGCACGGCGACCUGGUGGAAGAGUAAGCAGCGUAGUGACACGCCUUGUAAUAAUCAUUGAGACAUUCGAGAAGAAUCCCGAGCGCAUUCUUGGUGUGUUUAUCAGAGUUGAAGACACGUUCGAAAUCGCCGACGAGGAGCAUGGUAAUUCCUCUACCGGUCACGUGGCUGUCCAACUCGCCGUCCUGCUCGCCGUAGUCUGGGACUCUGUAGCCCAUCUCGCCGAGGAGUCUGCCGAGGUCCGUGGAUGA